UCCAAAAUAGGAAAACCCUCCAUUGCUCUCCAGUGUCAGACAACACACCAAACAUUUCAAAAUGGCUGCUCUCAUCACAGAGAACUUCAAGUUUGUCUCGCUCUUCUUCAAGAGCAAGGAUGUAAUGAUCUUCAAUGGCCUGAUAGCCCUGGGCACGGUGGCCAGUCAGACCAUGUACAACAUAUUUGCCUUCGACUGCCCGUGCUCCUCCGGGCGGAACUAUCUCUAUGGCCUGGCAGCCAUCGGGGUGCCCGCUCUGGCAUUCUACCUCGUUGGCAUCAUGCUGAAUAAGAGUACCUGGGAUCUGGUGUCUGAGUGCCGCCUCAGGAGGUGCCGGAAACUAUCGGGGGCUGCUGCCUUCGCCGUCCUGGGCACUAUCAUUGGCAGAGCGGCCGUGGCUCCCGUGACGUGGGCUGUCAUCUCACUGUUACGUGGGGAGGCCUAUGUCUGUGCCCUCAGUGAGUUUGUGGACCCUUCAACCUUGGAGGGUUUUCCCUCUGGACAGGGGUUAGAGGUCAUGGCCAGGUUUCCCUGUAAGGCCACGGUCCCACAGGAGAUGCAGGGAUUUUGGGCGGAGAUUGAACGCCGGCUGAAGUAUGAGUCUCAGCUGCUAGGGUGGCUGAUGGUGGCGGGGAUGGCAGUGGUUCUGUUCCUCCUGCUGUGCAUGAAGCGCUGCUGCUCUCCCCUGGGCUACCAACAGGAGGCGUACUGGUCCCAGUUCCGCUCCAACGAGCACGACCUCUUCCAGCGCACGGCCGACGUGCACUCCCGUAUCCUGGCUGUUGAGAGUGUGAAGAGCUACUUUGGCUUCGUGGCCCUGGAAAAAGAGGAGAAACAGCAGCUGGAGGAGCACCAGAGUGCCAGCCCCAUCUCUAGUACAGAGUGGAACCGGAUCACUGGAAUCUGCUUGUACAGAGAGAAAAAGGGAUUGCCCCUCUAUAGCCGCCUCAACAAGUGGGCUCAAUACAGUGUGGAGAACAACAUAGACGCCAUGGAGAAAGAGAUGGACACUCUGAGCUGACUGGCACUGGACACCCCAGUGUUCUUCAGCCAUGAUCCUGGGAACCCACUGGGAGUGCAGGCUUUUGUUCCAGCCCAGCACUGACACAUUCAACUAAUUAACUUAAUA